ACCAACUAUGAAGGCAGAGGUGUUGUGGACUCUUAAUACCAUCUCCAAACACCAGUCUUACAAUGGUAAUGAGAGUAUUUCAGAGCUGUUCAAAUGCAUGUUCCCAGAUUACGACAUCGCUACCACAUUUACUUGUGGUCCUGACAAAACGGCGUACAUAGCCAAGUUUGGUUUAGCUGUCUAUAUAAAAGAGGAACUGGUGUCCCAAGUCAACAAAUCGCCGUUCGUUCUGAUGUUCGACGAGAGCCUCAACGAGACUACGAAAAACAAACAGCUGGAUGUGCAUGUCCGCUUCUGGAACGAGGGACAGGUUCAGUCCAGAUAUCUGGGCUCCCAGUUUAUGGGACAUUCCACUGCACAAGACCUGCUGUCACAUCUCAAAGUAUGCAUAACCCUUUUUACUCUACUUUCCUUAACAAUGUUUGUUUAUGUGUUUAUGUACUUGGCAGACGCUUUUGUCCAAAGCAAAUACCGUAUUUUCUGCACUGUAAGGCGCACCGGAGUAUAAACCGCAGCAGCUAAAUUGAAUGAUGUGUACAUAUAUAAGACGCACUGGACUAUAAGCCGCAGGUGUUUUAAUGUUUAAUUACCAUUAGGGCUGGCCCGAAUGCCAUUUUUCAGGCUUCGAAUACUCGUUGGUUUUUCCGAGCGAUUAAUCGAAUACUCGUUCCAGAAAAAAACACCAUCAAAAACAACAUUAAUAAUCCCUAUAUACUCCCUGGAACCGAUUAUGACAGUAUCUGCAUAUUUUGUUGAAGAUUUAAUAGCUUUUUACCGUUAAUUAGUAGGCCUAAGUAGGUUGAAGUUCCUUAGUUUUUCCCUGUGGAAGCGAACAGCUGUUGUUCCGUUCCAAAUCAGCUGCUAUCUCAGCCCUUACGGGAGCUUUUCAAUUCAUCCCAUACCCAACCUUUAAGGAAAGAAUGUUAAUACAAGUAAAUGCAUAAAUGUCAAUACAAAUAAUCACUUAAGGAAAGAAUGUUGUUGGUACAAGAAUAAUACAUAAAUGGUUGUCUGUAAGGUCCCUAAUCAGUCCUUUUUCAUAGCACAGGUGAACAGAUUCUGUCUUCAUUUUUAUUUUUUUUUAGCUCUUUUGAAAUUCUAAAACGUGUGUGUGUGUGUGUGUGUGUGUGUGUGUGUGUGUGUGUGUGUGUGUGUGUGUGUGUGUGUGUGUGUGUGUGUGUGUGUGUGUGUGUGUGUGUGUGUGUGUGUGUGUGUGUGUGUGUGUGUGUGUGUGUGUGUGUGUGUGUGUGUGUGUGUGUGUGUGUGUGUCACCUAGUCCUCUUAUUUUGAGUAAUGAAAUGCAGCCCAUUUUUCAGGAAUGUAUGGACAAACUGAACCUCAGGAACUUGGUGUCUAUUUCAAUGGAUGGGCCCAAUGUGAAUUGGAAACUCUUCGACCUUUUCCAGAAAGAUCAAGCUGAGCAGUACGGAGGUCUUCAGCUCGUUUGUGUGGGGAGCUGUGUCCUACACACGCUACACAACUCCUUCAAGUAUGUGUUCACUGUAUGGCAGCUGGACAAAUUGCUGAGAGCAAUGCACACAUUGUUUCACAAUACGCCUGCCAGGAGAGAGGAUUACAUCACCGUAACCAAGUCCAGUGUGUUCCCUCUAUCUUUCUGUGCCCAUCGUUGGGUAGAAAACCUUCCGGUUGUGGAGAGAGCCCUGGCAGUCUGGCCAUCACUUCUCCUGUACAUGGAAGCUGUGAAAACAAAGAGACUCCCGAACCCUGGAACAGCAUCAUAUGACACACUUGCAGCAGCCAUAAAGGAUCCACUCGUCUUGGCCAAAUUGCAGUUCUACGCAGCAAUUGCCAGGACCUUCAAUCCCUUCCUGAAAACAUAUCAGACGGAUGAGCCUGUGCUCCCAUUCCUCCCCAAGGACCUGACUGAGUUGAUGAUGUCUACUCAGACGCUUCAUAAAAAGAGAAGUACUACACGAUAUCACUGCCCUGCAGCUGACCAAACUGGAUGUCACAGACAAGACCAUCUGGCUCAGCCCACAAGACAUCAGCAUUGGUCUAGGUGCAGAGUCAGUCCUUAAGAGAAUCAAAGGUGCAGUGCUCAGGGUGCUCGAGUUCCAAGAGAGAGUGCAUGCAGGGACUGAGUAACAUGAUCAAGAAAGUGCAGGACAAGAACCCCCUCAAGUAUCUGACUGUUAGGCAGAUGGUGUGCCUGGAUCCGUCAGUAAUGUAUAGAGAACCAGAAAGAGGCAGGAAUCACAUGAAAGGGCUGGUUCAAAGGUUUCUCCAGGACAAACAGCUUACUGAUACUUCUUCGGGGGAUGUCAUACUGCAGCAGUUUGACAGUCUCCUGUCCUUGGAGAGCCGGAGUGAGGACUUCCUCUCCUUUCAACCCAUGCAGAAGAGGCUGGACAUCUUCCUGAGCAGCGCCAUGGAGCCUUAUCCCGAGCUGUGGGCCUUCUGCAAGAAGUUGCUCAUCCUCUCCCACGGUCAAGCUACAGUUGAGCGUGGAUUCUCAAUCAAUAAAGAGGUGGAGUCUAAUAACUUGGAGGAGGAUACUGUGGUCACACGGAGACUGGUGUGUGACUUCAUCAUACAACAUGGAGGUGUUACCAAGGUUCCACUCAGUAAACCGCUACUGGAAAGUGUAGCAAGGGCAAGGACAAGGUAUCGUACCCAUCUGGAGACCAAAAGAAGGAACAGGGAGGCAAAAGACCAGGCUCUCAAGAGGAGGGAAGCAGAGGACUGUCUUGAGGAGCUGAAGGUUAAGAGGAGACGUGUACAGGAGGUAUCUGAGGGUCUGGCUAGGGAUGCGGACAGGAUGGCUGAGGAGGCUGAAGCGAAGGCAGGGAGCAAGAUGGCUGGCCUGAUCACCAGGUCAAACAUCCUGCGGAGAGGCCAUAAGGAGAAGUUGGCAGAACUGGCUCUCCUUGAUAAAGAGAUCGCUUCUAAGAGUGCGGAGUUGACUGUGUGAUCAUAAUUUUAUUUAUUGUUGAGUUGAUUUUCAUUGUUUAUUGUUCAGGAGUCUGUGCUGUUGGCGUAAGUACUCACCACUAUGCUGCAAUGUUCCAUCAUUCCAUAAUGCUUUACAGUCCACAUUUUCACAUUUGUUGAAAUAAAUGAACACAUUUUGAACAAA